CACUCAGUCCAUCCAUCACGUGACAGUUGGUAAUGGCGUCUGUCUUGUUUAUGAAUAUUCUAUCAGUCUGUCGUUGUUGGCUCGUGUUUGGGAUUCAAUUCUGAAGUGAUAAUGUAAUGCUAACAAGCCCAAAAAAUUCUAAAUUAUAGACCGUUCACUGCACUAACGACUGAGCUGAGAAUGUAUGAUCUGAGGGCUUAAAACGACGAGCUAAUAAGAUGUUAAACGUAACGCAUCAACUGAAGAAAAAGCUGUUUUUAACAGACUUAGACGAACGGGAGUCGCCAACAAGUACUCGUAAAGUACUCAACAACCAAGAUGUCUCGUCAUCUUCAGCUUCCACCUCAGAACCACAAUCAAAGGGACAUAAAUCUUUGCCAAGUCUUCCUUCUCCUGAAGAGGAAGAAUCUAUGAAUCUAUCCAUAGCAAGGAAAAGAUCUCCAUCGAAUUCAACUCCGCUUCCAGCGAAGGCUUACGGGCCUUAUUUCCUCGAGUAUACUUUAAUGGCAGAAUAUAACCAGUUAAGGAGUAAAAGGUUACCAGGAGUCUAUGUUUUACCUGCUGCUAAAUCUCCACUGGUUUGGUAUGGUGUUAUUUUUAUACGCAUGGGCUCGUACCAAGAUGGAGCAUUCAAGUUCACCAUGACUGUACCUGACAACUACCCUGAUGGAGAAUGUCCAAAAUUAGUAUUCAAGCCACCAAUCUUUCACCCAGUAGUAAAUAUAGAAACAGGAGAGCUAGAUGUAAAAAGAGCAUUUCCAAAAUGGAGGCGUAGUGUGAAUCAUCUCUGGCAAGUCCUUUUAUAUACUAGAAGAAUAUUUUAUAAAAUUGAUACGAGAGACCCUCUAAAUCCAGAAGCAGCUAAUCUGUAUGAAAAUGAUAAAGAAACUUUUAAGCAGAAAGUGAAUGAAUGUUUAAGAACCUGUCAUAACGAGCUACACAUUCCUGUCGACGAUGACCCCCAUUGCAUUCAUUUUGUGGAGCUUGAACCCCAAAAAAUUGAUGAAGUCAAAGAAACCAUACUUGAAAGUCAGAGCAAACCAGGAAAGCUACCAACAGCAAAUGCUCACAAGUCAGGUUUGUCCUGGAUGAAGAAAGGCAGUUCUGACAUAUUCACUAUAGAACAAAGCUAAUACUACCUACCUUUGGUUAUAAAAUACUGAUUUAUAUUAAAUCUGAAUUAUCUAAAUAUA